UUCAAAGAAUGGUGUUUUGCCAUGCAUGAAGUUGACAUCUUACAAGAAAAACAAUGGGCAAAUUGCCCAUCAUGUUUUAGAUCCCAACAUUCGUGUCAUGUUGAUGGAAACGCUAAACUUUAUAGAUACAACAGUGUGCCAAGAGGUGAAAGAAAAUGCUACUAUGAAAAUACAUUCAUUGAAGAUGAUGAACUGGUAGAGGAGCACUUGAACAAUGUUUAUUCCAACAACUCAGCUAAGGGUCAUUCAAGUAAUUCCUAUUGUGGUUCCUCUCAUUGGAAAGCUGCAAGGAAUACGGUCAACCGCCAAUCCAAACUUGAUGAAACUGGUCUUGUUGUAGCAGGCUGUAGACAUUCUCUGGCUCAAUCUGCUGUGAAUAUGCAUCAAGGUGAACUGUAUGGAUACACACAUUAUUUGCAAAUCAACCGACUAAUUCACCAUAAAGUUAAGUUCUUAUGGCAAGAUGUGAUUUGUAAGUACUGGCCUUGGUUUAUUUCGCUUCCCAAAGAUUUGUCACCUGAUGAAGCCUUUUUGAUGGCCCACAUUAUACAUUCAUGCAUGGUAAAGCUCAUGUUUGGUCUUGCCAGUAUUUUAAUAAAACAAAUGUUAACCAAUUUUAAUUAG